GGCUGAGCUGGCUGCAACCAUUCCCCCUGGCCUCGCCAGGCCCGGCCCAGAAACUCGUCUUCAACAGAGUGAACGGCAAGAGGCCGCAGGUGUCACUGCAGCAGGUCUCGGCCCCCGAGGAGUGUUACACGCUGGCCCACGAGGAGAACGUCCGCUUCAUCUACGAAGCCUGGCAGCAGGUAGAGCAGCAGCUGGACGGCAGCCGGAGCGGGGAGAGCGCCUGCGGCCCCGUGCAGUACGUUGAGAAAAACCCCAACCCCAGAUUGGAAAACUUCGUUCCCAUCGACCUGGAGGAUUGGUGGGGAAAGCAAUUUCUGGCCAGCUCCUUAUAA